AUGGCAUUACCGAAGCGUAUUAUAAAGGAAACAGAGCGUCUUAUAGCAGAUCCAGCACCUGGAAUCAAGGCAACGCCACAUGAAGAUAAUCUGAGAUAUUUUGACGUAGAGAUGGCAGGACCAUCUCAAAGCCCCUUUGAAGGUGGUACAUUCAAACUCGAACUUUUUCUUCCUGAAGAUUACCCUAUGGCUCCUCCGAAGGUCCGCUUCUUAACGCGAAUUUAUCACCCAAACAUCGACAAACUGGGUCGCAUUUGCUUAGAUAUCCUAAAAGACAAAUGGUCACCUGCUCUGCAAAUCCGGACAGUGUUGCUUUCGAUCCAGGCGCUAUUGUCUGCACCCAACCCUGAUGACCCUCUGUCAAAUGAUGUGGCUGAGCACUACAAUACGAACGAGAAAGAUGCAAUCGAAACGAGUCGUCAAUGGACUAGGCAGUACGCCAUGAAAUGA